AUGUCUUUGCGCAUGCAGCGCCGCCUGCGACUCCAAGCUGGGAGGUGGGCGCAAAGUGUCAUCGUCUGUGGCAUCGCCACUGCUGGGUUGACGAAGCUGUGCUUCACUUCGCUCAGCACUACCACCAGUCGUGACAGCUGCCGAAGUAAAGGCUUGCUGCAGCAUGUGGCAGUAGCCGCGUCUGCAACGACCGCUGCUGACAUGCAGAGGCAGUCCGAUGGACUUCUUCAAGGAGAGCGAUUUAUUGCGAUGAACCGAUAUCGAAUCAGAGAAGGCGGCGAAGCCCAAUUUGAGCAGCGCUGGGGUAGCGCUGACUCCUCAAUUGCAGGCUUGGAUGGAUUUCGAUGGUUCUGCCUUCUACGACGAGUGCCAAGCACACCUAAAUCGACGGGAGCGCUCUCCGUCGUAUACAACUACGAUGACGAGCAGUUUGAAGACGAUUACACCUAUGUCUCACUUAGCGUUUGGGAUACGAAGACGCAGUUUGAUGCGGCGCGUUCGGCUGAACUUCCUAACGAAGCAGAUGUCACAGAAGGCAAAGCAAGCUUCACAAAGAUGGCAUUGAAUGGCGUCGCAACCAUGACAGGGCCGCCAAAGCCUGCGAAUUGGGACGGGAUGCUGUUGGAAAGCAAGGCGGCAGAUGCGGCUGACUCCAAGGUGUUCAUCGUGAUGAAUCGAUUCGCCGUAAAGGACGGCUGUGAGCCGGAAUUCGAGAAGCGGUGGGCCCAGCGGGAAAGCAAACUGCAGGAGGCCGAAGGAUUCAAGUUCUUCCAAUUGUUGCGGCGAGACCAAGCGCCCGAUGAUGAUGUAAACUACAUCAGCAUGAGUGCCUGGACGGAUCGGGAUGCGUUCGACAAGUGGUGGGGCAGCAAGAGUCUCGUACUCAGCUUGGAUGCAACGGGCCUGCAUGCAGCCACUUCAAUGAUUGAGUCUUCCCCGCAGUGUUUGGUUCCGGCAGUGUUGGUGCAGUGA